AUGUCGUUGCUGAAAGGGCUGUUCGGCAACACGGGCAACUGCGCUGCGUGUCACAAGAUGAUCCCGGCUUUCGAAAUGGUGAUGCGGGCCAGGAACAACGUUUACCAUCUCGAGUGCUUCGCUUGUCAGCAGUGCAACCACAGGUUCUGCGUAGGCGAUCGAUUCUUCCUGCUAGAGAAUAAAAUUCUGUGCGAAUACGACUACGAGGAGCGGAUGAUCUUUGCGAAUCUCCCCUACGAGCCCAGCGCAAAGCAACAGAGGCAGUUUAUACACACAUAA